CGACCCUUUCUUUCGUCCGUCCUCUCUUCCCUUGCGUUGAUCAGGGCCUCGGGCCAUGACGACCGUGGAGCCCGCGUCCGUGCACGAGCACAGCAAGCACCGCAGCAUGAGCACUUUGAGCAACGAGACCCCUGCCGCGUCUCGCGAGUCGACAUUCAUCUGGACAUCCAUCGCCCGGUUGGGCUUCGCCGCGCGCAAAAGGGUGCCGUGCCGGGUGCUCGGCAUCGCCAGUUGGAGGAACGUGCCCAGCCAACACAGUUUCGACCAGAAGACCCAUCAGACGAAGUACAGUCGGGGCCCUGAAGAAGGAACCCUUUU